UGCACUGGGAGCAGCUCUCCUGCUACAGCCCCUCAGCCCCUGAAAAUGUUCGCCUGCUCCAAGUUCAUCUCCUCUCCCUCGUUGGUCAAGAGCACCUCACAGCUGCUGAGCCAUCCGCUAUCUGCAGUGGUGCUGAAACGACCGGAGAUACUGACAGAUGAGAGCCUCAGCAGCUUGGCAGUCUCACGUCCCCUUACCUCAUUUGUCUCUAGCCGCAGCUUCCAAACCAGCACCAUUUCAAGGGACAUUGACACAACAGCCAAGUUCAUUGGAGCUGGGGUUGCCACAGUUGGGGUGGCUGGCUAUGGGGCUCAGAUUGGGACUGUGUUUGGGAGCCUCAUCAUUGGUUAUGCCAGGAACCCUUCUCUGAAGCAACAGCUCUUCUCCUACGCCAUUCUGGGCUUUGCCCUCUGAGAGGCCAUGGGGUGAUUUUGCCCGAUGGUGGCCUUUCUCAUCCUCUCUGCCAUGUGAAGGAGCCAUCUCCACCUCCCAUCGUUCUUUCUCCCACGUGUGGUCGGCCCCGUGUGUUCCUUUUCCUAUACCUCCCCAGGCAGCCUGGGGAACAUGGUUGGCUCAGGAUUUGACAGAGAAAAGA